AGGAGGCAGAGGAUCCUGCAUGCAUCCCCAUCUUCUGGAUCAGCAAAUGGGUCGACUACUCUGAUAAAUAUGGACUGGGAUAUCAGCUGUGUGACAACAGCGUUGGCGUUCUGUUUAACGACUACACCCGUCUGAUCAUGUACGCUGACGGAGACAGCCUGCAGUACAUCGACAAGACGGCAACUGAAUCCUACAUGAGCGUGCGCUCUUUCCCUUCCACUCUCAACAAGAAG